CCGAAGGAGGCGCGGCGCCCGCUCUGGGCAUGGAGGCGCCUCUGGCCAGAGCGGGCCACGCGAGCUGCGCUCCGCGCCGCCGCCGCGCCUCGAAGUUUGCCGGCUGACUCGGAAAGUUGCGCUCCGGCUCUGUCGCCGCUCCGCAUCCGACCUCCGGGCCGGCCCCAGCUCGCCGCCGCCGCCGCCGCCGCCGCCCUCCGCGGGGCCCCGGCCCCGCCGCCGCCCGCAGCCCCGCCUGCCGGGGGCAUGUGAGCCGCGGUCUCCCCUAGAGGCCGGGCGGGCUGCACCGGCCCCGGUGCCUCCGGAGGCAGCGUGAGGGCGAGGGGCACGCCCCGGCCCCAGGCAGCAGGGGCCGCCAUGGGCAUCCAGGGCAUGGAGCUGUGCGCCAUGGCCGUGGUGGUACUGCUGUUCAUCGCCGUCCUCAAGCAGUUCGGCAUCCUGGAGCCCAUGUCCAUGGAAGAUAGCAGCGACAGUGAGCUGGAGCUGUCCGCAGUGCGCCACCAGCCAGAGGGGCUUGACCAGUUGCAGGCACAGACCAAGUUCACCAAGAAGGAGCUGCAGAGCCUCUACAGGGGCUUCAAGAACGAGUGCCCCACAGGCCUGGUGGACGAAGACACGUUCAAACUCAUUUACUCACAGUUCUUCCCUCAGGGAGAUGCCACCACCUACGCACACUUCCUCUUCAACGCCUUCGACGCCGAUGGGAACGGGGCCAUCCGCUUUGAGGACUUCGUGGUUGGUCUCUCCAUCCUGCUGCGAGGAACAGUCCAUGAGAAGCUCAAGUGGGCCUUUAACCUCUACGACAUUAACAAGGAUGGCUACAUCACCAAAGAGGAGAUGCUGGCCAUCAUGAAGUCCAUCUAUGACAUGAUGGGCCGCCACACCUACCCUAUUCUGCGAGAGGACGCGCCACUGGAGCACGUGGAGAGGUUCUUCCAGGCCUGGGGCAGGGAGCGGCCCCAGCGGGACACAGCCUCACUGAGGGCAUGGCUUGAGUUGCAGAAAAUGGACCGGAAUCAGGAUGGGGUGGUGACCAUCGACGAGUUCCUGGAGACCUGUCAGAAGGACGAGAACAUCAUGAGUUCCAUGCAGCUGUUUGAGAACGUCAUCUAGGACUUGUGCGUGGGGAAGGUGGAGGGGUUGCUGAGUGGCUGUCGCCACCUCUGCCCCCAAAGAAACCUCAGUCCUGCCAGGAGCAACCUCCAUGAGAAACUUUUUUCUAAUAUAUUUGCACAAAGUGAAUAGUUUGCUCCACACACACACACAAACACCCCCCCACACACACACCCUUCAUCUGGGCUGGCAGGUGGGGGGAUAGAGGUGAAAAAAGGACUGGCUGGGAGCUGAGUCCGGGGCAUGAGAGCCACACAGCUCCCAGCACCCGCCCCCCAGGCCUCUGGGUGGACAGCUGAAAGAGAGGCGUCUUCAGGCCGCCAGCCACUGGGUCAUCUACAGGUGAGGGUCCAGCCUCCACAGCUGAGGCCCCAGCCCUGUGAGCCCACUUGCCCGCCCCUCCCUUCUGCCGCCUUUCUUUCCCCCUACACUCACAGGCCCCGGGGGCUGCUCUGACCCGCUUGUCCCCCAGCCUCUCCCUGCCCACCAACGACCCUUCCAGAAUGGCCCUCAGCUCAGGACCCCAGAGGGCAGCGCAGGGUCAAGGGAAUUCAGACCAGGAAAGAGGUGGCACUUAGAGCCUGCUGCUUCCUGGAACCGCUCUCCUGGGUGUCAGGACACCCGCCGUCCACUGAGCUGGUGUGAGCCCCAGUGGGGACGCACCAGCGGGCACUGCUCUCCCCCACCCAGUAAGGGGGCUUCCAGCCUGGGCACUGGGUUUCUUGGUGGGAAUCUGACGGGACCUCUCUGCCAACGCUGCCUCCCUCGCCCCAGCUGGCUCAGCCUGCAGCCCUCAGGUACCCAGGUCAUCAUUCAGGGGUCCUGAGAAGAGGUCCCAGGGCUCAGGGCCUGGCAGCCAGGGAGCCCAGGGGAGCCAAGCAGGCCUGGGAAGGGGCUUUUCUCUCCUGUGGGCGCCCAGCUCCCUUGCCCCCCCCCCAGCUUGGAUGAGCCCCCCUCUUCGUGGUCAGGGUCCUGGAGCCAUGUGGCCGCCCCUCCGCACACAGGCUCACCCCAGCCCCAUGCACAAAGCACAGAAGCUCAGGCUGCAGCCCCCGAGGGGAGCCCAGACAGUCUGCUUUUCAGGGCCAGGCCUCCCGGUGGGCUGAGGCUCGAGCCCCACCGGCCGGCAUCAAGAGGCCGCCGGGGUUCUGGGGGAGUCGUUCUGUGCCUCCGAGCGGUGUGUGACUCCCCCGAGCCCAGCCCAGCUCACUAACAUUCAAAAGCACAAACCCCUGGGAUUCUGCUUGGCCAGGUCCUGCCCUGAGGACCGAGGCGCCCCCGCUAGGGGGCGCGGGGCAGAGGGGCAGGUCAGCAGAAGCCCGCGGGAGCGGGGCUGCGCCCCCAAGCCCAGGCCGCCCGGGAGGGGCGCAGCCUCACACCAGAAGCCCGCGGGAGCGGGGCUGCUCGCCGCACCGCCCUCACCCCCAGGCCGCCCGGGAGGGGCGCAGCCUCGGGCUCACGGCCAGUCCCAGGAACGUCCGAUCAUACAUUCCAUCGGCUACAGCCCCCGUCUGUGCCCGGGCCUGGCCUCAAGAUGAGCGGGGACCUGGGAGGAAGGACGGAGCGGCGGAGGCCGUGGAGAUGGGCUGGCUGGGAGAUGGGACCCCUGGGCACCACACAUGGGCGGCCCCCCUUGGAGUUGCACUGACACCCCACCUCCAGUCUGAAUGGGGCUCCCUCCCCCUCCCCGGGGAGGGGGGCAUCAGCGUUCCCUGGCUCAGGGAUCUCCCCGCCCCCACCCCCGGCCCUCAGCCCAGCCCUCCCCGCCGGCGUGGCUUUGCUUCUGAGGGCCCGAGGCCAAAGCAGAGGGUCACGGCCACCACGCUCUGCCCUCCCCACCUUGGCCUUGGGCCAGACGGGCUGCACAUGCCCCUGGAGGGGUCUGCCUCCCAUGCUGGGACGCGGGCUGGCCGCAUGUCUGCAUGGCAGAAGUGUCUCCCUUGGGCACGGUCGAGGAGGGUGGUGCCUGUUCUCAGCGCCCACCAGUAUUCAGUCCUGUAUAUUUUAAUAAAAUAAACUUGACAAAGGAGAGC